UUCUCCUGUUGCUAAGCAACCAAACUCUACACAAGCGAAGACACGCGUUUGUUAACGCUCGCGAGGAUAUGCUCUAAUGUUUGUUUUUACAAAUGAGGGACUUUGAGGCCAGUGUGGAUGGAGCCCAUUGUUUCAGGGUGCUGUGUUCGCACCCCUGCUGCUGGGACACCGAGCGCCGUUGCACCAGAGGAAUCAAACGCCACACUCCAGUAAGCGUGAGGAAACACUCUCCCAAAAAUGAGGACUUUCCAUCUCUGAGUAUUGUGAAUGUCUCUGAAUGGGCUGGACGGGGGAGACCGAUUAAAGAAAGGCCACUGUAUGGUGCUGACACGUCUGAGGCGUCUUUGAAUGAUGUCUCUUGUGUUUCUCUCAGCAAACAGACACAAGACACUCAGAAGAUUAAGAGGGCACAUCUUUCCUUCCCAGACAUCAUGUUGCCCAGUGAUAAACCAAACAACAUGGUCAAGUUAAAUCCAGUUGACAUCAGUGCUUUGAUGGGCCGCUCUGAGUUGCCACAGUGUCCAGUGGUCGUGUGGAUUCCCAACCCGCAGCAUGAGCCUCAGUGGCUCCCUCAAAACAAGUCUAGAUCUCCAAACAUCUCUAUAAAAGAGUUAGUCUGCCUUCCAUCUUGUCCAAUGACAAAGCCGUCCAUAGCGGCCAACCAGUGGAAGAAAUUGAAUGGUCGUAAAAAGAGAGGGAAGAGAGGAAUGAACUCCACACAAGAGGGCGCUGGCAGCCCACGGUGGGUGGGCAUUGGCUUUAAUCCCAUUCCUAAAACCACCCCACAUCACCUCUCCCACAGCCUGGCGUUCAAACAUAUUGGGUGGGGAUCAGUGGAUCAGAAACUGCCGAGCCUAACCACACCACACCCAAACCCAAACCCAAAGAGCAGCCAUGUCAGUCCAGCCUUGAGCCUGAGUUUAGGAUCAGUACAGUGCUGGGGAGGCCACUGACACAGACCUGAACACAUCUCAUACUUACGCCACAUUAAGAAGAAAAAAAAGGGUUUUAAUCGUUAAUGGAAAGUCUGUUCCAUAUUUGUGUCCAAUGAUUCAGUGCACUUUGUCUGGAAAGUCUAUUCCUACUUUAACAAAGACAACAAAUAAUUAAAAUGUAGCCAGGAAUGUGCAUUAUGAUGAUAAACAGCAGAGGGAUUCAGAUCCUAACUGAACUCAUAUAUGCUAGAUGAAUAAAACUGCAAUCAACAAUUAUCAACAAAUAUGCACUAUUGUUUAAAUGUUGGUUAUGGAAAAUGUUUUAAAAAUAAAUCAAUACUUAUGUACAACCAGAGAA